AUGAAGUUGUACAAGUUGCUUACCAAGUCGAAGACGCCAUUGAUACUUUCCUCAUUAAGGUUUAAACCAAGCGCGUUGAUAGCAAGGCAUAAUGUUGGUGUGGAGAUUCGCAAAGUAAAAGAACGGCUUAAUGAGAUCAAGGAUGCCAGAGAGAGGUAUGGGAUUCAAAACUUGGGUGAAGAUGGAGAUGCUUACAACUUAGUAUCCAUAAUAAGGAGACCCCAUUUCUCAUCUCAAUAUUCUGAUGAUGCUAAUGUAGUCGGGCUCUUUAAUGAUCAGAAGAUCCUACUUGAACGGCUGAUGGAUCAACAACAACAAAGGCUUUGUGUCAUUAGCAUAGUUGGUAUUGGUGGUCUUGGCAAAACAACCCUUGCACGGAAACUCUACCUUGACAAUGCUGUUAGCAAUCAUUUCGACAAGCGCAUUUGGGUAACAGUCUCUCAAGAAAAUAGUUUAAUGGGGCUUCUUAGAAAGAUGCUUGAAGAAGUUCGGGAGAUUGAAAAGGAGAAGUUGGAGAAAAUGACAAAAAAUGAUUUGAUAGAGAUGAUUAAUGGCUCACUGGGAACACACAGGUUUCUCAUUGUAUUGGAUGAUAUUUGGCGAGAGGAUGUAUGGAAUCAGAUGCAAAGAAGUUUUCCGAAUGUGAACAAUGGAAGCAGAGUCUUGAUCACCACUCGAUUUCUUAAUGUUGCAAAGGAAGCAGAUCCAAGAAGCACUCCGUACCAACUUCCACUUUUGAAUGAUGAUGAGAGCAUGAAGCUUCUUCUCAAGAAGGCCUUUCCUUAUGAAGAUGCUGAGGCAAAUUGCACUAGUGAAUUGCUUGAUAUCGGCUGUCGUCUCAUGCAAAAAUGCGGUGGCCUACCUCUGGCUUUAGUUGUUCUUGGAGGUCUCCUAUCUACAAAAGACAAAACACCUGUUGUGUGGCGAAGAGUGUUGGAGACGUUGGAUUGGGCGGAAGAAGGAAGACAAUGCCAAGAAAUACUUGCUUGGAGCUAUGAAGAUCUUCCAUAUGAUAUGAAAUCUUGUUUUCUUUAUUUGGGCGCUUACCCUGAGGAUUAUGAGAUCUCUGGCAAUGAGUUAAUCUGGCAAUGGAUUGCAGAAGGCUUCAUACCACAGAAAAAUAUGAAGACCAUGGAAGAUACGGGGGAAGCUAUUUUAGAGGAGUUGAUUCAGAGGAGCUUGAUUCAUGUAAAUACCAGGAAAAGCAAUGGGAGUGUGAAGAAAUGUGGUGUCCAUGAUCUACUACUGUAUUUUGCAAGAUGUGCAGCUAAGAAAGAUUUGUUCCUCACAGUAUGCUCCAAUGAAAAUGAUCAACCAACUUAUUUGGCGUCAUCUCGCCGUGUGGCUUUUCACAACGUCAAUGACACCAAGAUCAAUGAAAUCUCUAGAGCCUCUACAAUGCAUGGACUCAGGACUUUGAUGGCAUUUGGUCUACUUUAUCCUCCAAUUGAUUCUCCAAUAUUUAGAUUUGAGCUUCUAAGGGUGCUUGAUUUGACUGAGUUAACUUCUGUACAAAGAUUACCAAAAGAGAUUGAGCUCAUGAUCCAUUUACGUUAUUUAAGACUGGUGGGUGUUGAUUUUCGCCUACCAUCGUCCGUAGGAAACUUUCAAUCCUUAGAAACUGUUCUUCUAAGGCAAGUAACAGAGGUACCAAUCACACUAUGGAAGAUAAAGACACUAAGACAUGUGCAAAUCAAGUUUAUGUGCACACCAUCACAAAGUCUUGAGCUAAAAAAUCUCCGCACACUUGAGAAUGUAGAAUUCGGAUCCUAUAAAACAAUAAACUGGAGGUUUCCCAACCUUAGGAAGUUGAAAGUGUUGAUUCAUACGGAACACCAGGGAACAAUGCUAACCCAUCUACUCUGUGGACUAUACCAUCUUAUCAGCUUGUUUAUACUUGCUUUAGAAGAUUGCCCUUUAGAGAUCGACACCAAGGACUUUCCAUUUCACAACCAUCUCCUCUCAUUGACGUUAUUUGGAUUUUGGCCAAAGGGGGGCGCCAUAUCUGAAUUCCCAACUUGUCUCACUAAGCUUGAACUCGGUGAUUCUAGAUUGGAGCAAGACCCAAUGCCCAAAUUGGAGAGGUUACAAUACCUUGUCACUCUUGAACUCUCUCAAAAUGUGUAUCUUGGGAAAACCAUGGUAUGCUCUACUGGUGGAUUACCUAGUUUGAAAAGUCUAUUCAUUGACACAAUGCCUAAUCUUGAGGAGUGGAGGGUAGAGAGAGGUGCAAUGCCCAAGCUUGCUUUCCUAAAAUUAAUUUCAUGCGAGAUGCUAAAAGUGUUUCCAGAUUUGCAACAUGUGAUGAGCCUUCAGGAGUUGGAGUUGCGUCACAUGUCCCAAGAGCUCAUGCUCAGUUUGCAGAGGGAAGCAGGGGAAGAUUGGUACAAGAUUCAACAUGUGCCAAAACUCACCCUUGAAGAAUGGUGAGUGUUAAAGGCCAGUUAGUUAUCCCUUGUUGGUGUUGUUUAUCUUGUUCUACUUUGUAAUCUUUGUUAUAUUUGUUAGUUUGUGUAUUUGUUUUUCAUUUCC